GAUAGGGUCGUUAGGCCCAAAAACUGGUGUUGUAUGUGCAUCGAUGUCCUUCAAAAAUCACACUGCUGCAUGCGUAUUUUCUCACUUUCGAUUAUUUGUUUCGAACGCAGGUCCGAGAUUCAGAGGAACAAAUAAGAACGGUAGUGUCAUUCUGUCAUAUUUGUGAUGGGCAACUCGAACCUCUGAAAACGAAGGGCGCUACUUGAUGAUUCACCUCAUCGAGUCGCUCAACUACUACGCGUCGCAGUUUCAGCCAUAAGGGCGUUGAGGACUAAACUUAAAAGCGUUUCUGUUUCUUCAUGUAGACGAGAAAUUAGAAGCAUAACUACCAGCUAUUAUGACCAGCAGUGCGGAUUUUUCAUCCACCAGACAGCGCGGACUUUGCCGAUCGGCGUUCCUACUACCUUUUCUGUUGUUUUAUUACCUGCACGACAUCACCCUGCAGGGGGCCACCGGGCUUGUUCUCAGCUCCGCAGGUAGUAUCAUGAGAAGACCAGGCGACGUAGUAGACGAUCAGGAGGAGCCCGGUGCGGCUGGCCGUCAUCAAGGGGGCAGUCGCGCAGAAGAAGCUCGCGACAUUGUUUCCCAAGUGCUAAACCUCGUCUCAGACGAGAGUUUUAAAGCCGGCGCAAAAAUGGAAGUUGACGAUGAGCCCAGCAGCGUGGCCCAAUUUGCGACGUCACUCGAGACGCUCGAGCAGAAGUUGAGGACGUGGGGGCAGAAAAUACACCUCGCAGCGGUUACGGAUUUUCGCACAGGUGCCCCCAAGCUCGCUGUCGGCGUCGCGGUGGCCAAUGAAGAUCUUCUGCUCGAAGAGGGUGCUGGCGUCGAGGAGGGGACUUUAGUGUUCAAAAUUCCUGAGACGGGGAACUGGGUGCAGCUGCUGCAAAUCUUGAAAACGUUUCUCGACGCGGGAGUUGUGCUCGGGCUCAAAUUGGAGGGCGCGCGAGGCGUUCUGCAGCAACCGAGGGACGCAGCCGAGUUCGCACAAGUGCGUGACCUGGUGCAGGCGGUGGGCGAACAAGCAAAAACCCUGCCCUCGCUAAUCAUUCGCCACUUCAAUUUUUUUGUCAGUGACGCGAACGCGGAAAAAAACACGGCGCUCUGGCAGGGAUUUUUCUCUUCCUGGACAGCAUCGCAUACUGAGGCGGUUGAGGGCGGCGAGGAGGCCCACGCUUUUCCGCGGCUCCGGGAACUCAGGCUCGAGCACACCCGCAUCGAUCCGGCCAUCCUUCGGUUGAUUUUGCGUGCGGACGCGACACAGUGGCUAGAAACCCUGGUUCUGCACUUCGGGUACGGGCCCGAGAGCUUGUUUUGGGACGGCAAAAACGCGGCAGGAAAGCAAGUCGUCGCAAACGAGGUCGCUGCCUACUUGACAAGACGGACCGUCGGCGGAGCAGGGAAGUCAACAAGUACGAGUGCAGCCACGGAUGGACAAGUAGGUCAGCUGCGGGGCGACUACACCAAAGACCUGCAGAAGGUGGGCUUCAGCGGGUUCGCGUUCCGAGGGGAUGCGGAAGUGCCUUUUUUCGUCCAGCUCGUCAACGCCCUCGCGGGUGCUGGUCCGGCCGCAAAAGGGGGAGCCAUCCAUUACAACCCGGGGUUGGUACAGCUUCGAGAGGUCUACCUGGACCGCAACUUUGGCACUGGUAAACUUUCCAAAGAGACCGAGGUGAAGCGGAAAGGCGUUCUACGGAGUCUGGCGGCUUUACUCGCCAGCACGGGGGACACCCUCGAAGUGCUCUCUUUGGAGAGCAACGACCUGGGAAAAAAAACGCUUUCCGAAAUCGCCGGUCUGUUGUCUCCGGGGGACGAAGAAACUGUCCUGUCUGGUGGUGACGAUCUGAUGGACAACUCAGAGAGUGCAGCUGCAGUUGUUGAGGAUGUUGCUGUUCUUGAACAACGGGCUGGUGGAGGACCAGUGCAGUCUGCUUCAUCUUCUGAAUACGUUUCGCAUAUUGAAAGUCCUGCUCCAGCUGGCGCCCUACCAGCGCUUCGAGUUUUGGGCCUCGGGGGAAACGCCAAUUGCGUGAAUAUGGAGCCAGAAGACUUGAACAAAUACGGCGAAGACGUGGAUGAUGCGCUGGCGCGGCUUCCGUCCCUUCGAAAAGUGUCCCUUCCGCUCGGCAGUUUCGAACUGGAAGCGGGCGAUGACGACGCCGCAAUGGACGUCAACGACUCUACCGGCGCAUUCAACAGUCUUCGAGAACAAGCGGACGAGCUAAUCUUCGUCAACUCUCUGUCCGAGCUUUUCCGCCCCUACAGUUGAGCUCAGAAAACCACGCGCUAUUGUUGCAGAAAGAGCUGCGUAGUGUAGUAACUGUGCGCACGCAGAAGCUCCAGCUGGCUCUGCAUGCGGCAAUUUGGAGGUUCUUUCAUCCCAGAGGAUUGUGGCACUGAGAUGAUGACGCGACAAACUUUUGUUACGUUAUUGUAUUAUACUUGACCAUCUGACACUCAAACUGAAUAGCGAUAGAAUGAAUAUCAAAUCAUUUCAAUCAACACGGAGACUGAACACGGGACGUGCGUGUGCACGAUACUGGAGAUUUGCGGUUCGGAUGAUUUGUAGGAUGGUACUGAAAAUAAAGAAAAAAUUGAAUAAAGUUUUGGAGACGAGACUG